GGCUAUGAAAGCCUGAGUCAACCACAGGCUCAGGCAGGCAAGCAAAAAAAGUCGGUUGUCUCUCUCUGUUUUCUGCAUUCAAAUUGGGGGUGAAGAAGAGUGUGGCGACGAUGAAUCUUGGGUGCCUUGGAUAAGCUCCUUCCUUCUCCCUUCCCUUCACUUCUCGCAUCUAAUUCCCUCUGUACUUAUUUCUUUCUCCAAAAGUUAUUUACUAUAACUAUAUCAUUUCCUUGUUCCUUCGACCUUCCUUUUCCUCAACACUUUUUUUUCCUCAUCCAUUUCCUUAAAAAGAGCCUUCCGAUUUUCCUUUCUGUUCUUUUGAAUUAUUCUACAUAUUUUUUUUUCAAUUUUGGUGUGAUAUUUGAUAAUUUCCGAUCAAAUUGGCUUUGUUGUUAACUUUUUUCGCUAAAAUUUUGAGCUCGUUUAUGAGAAAUGAAGGCUGUAACUGAAGGUCUUUAGAAAUUAGGGCUCCCUUUUGAGUUUCCGUUAAGAUGAUUCCAUGGGGCGGCCUCUCGUGCUGCUUGAGUGGAGCCGCUCUCUAUCUUCUUGGAAGGAGCAGUGGCAGGGAUGCGGAGCUUCUCAAGACGGUCACUCGAGUCAAUCAGCUUAAGGAAUUGGCUCAAUUGCUUGACCUUGAAAGUAAAGUGCUUCCGUUAAUUGUUACAAUCUCUGGAAGAGUAGGUUCUGAGACACCAAUCAGUUGUGAGCACAGUGGAUUAAGAGGUGUUAUAGUCGAGGAAACGGCUGAACAGCAUUUUCUAAAGCAUAAUGAUGCUGGUUCUUGGAUACAAGAUUCUGCAUUGAUGCUUUCUAUGAGUAAAGAAGUUCCUUGGUUUCUGGAUGAUGGAACUGGUCGAGUAUAUGUAGUUGGUGCUCGCAGUGCAGCAGGUUUUGCACUGACUGUUGGAAGUGAAGUGUUUGAAGAGUCAGGUCGAUCACUUGUACGUGGAACAUUAGACUAUCUCCAAGGUCUCAAGAUGCUUGGAGUCAAGCGAGUUGAGCGAGUGCUUCCCACUGGUUCUUCCUUGACUGUUGUGGGUGAGGCUGUCAAGGAUGACAUUGGAACAAUUCGGAUUCAGAAGCCCCAUAAAGGGCCUUUUUAUGUGUCCCCCAAAACUAUUGAGCAACUCAUUUCCAACCUUGGGAAAUGGGCAAGGUUGUACAAGUAUGCAUCUUUUGGACUGACCAUCUUUGGUGUGUUUCUAAUCACCAAGCAUGCAAUCCGUUACGUAUUGGAGAGAAGGCGCCGUUGGGAAUUGCAGCGAAGGGUUCUUGCUGCUGCAGCGAAGAGAUCAGGGCCAGAUAAUGAAGAUUCAAUUGGGAAAGCUGAAAAUGGAUCAGAAGCCAAGAGAGACCGCAUAAUGCCAGAUCUAUGUGUAAUAUGCCUUGAGCAAGAGUACAAUGCCGUUUUCAUUCAAUGUGGUCAUAUGUGCUGUUGUACGACAUGCUCUUCGCACUUAACUAACUGUCCUCUUUGCCGGAGACGAAUUGAUCAAGUUGUAAAAGUCUUUCGUCAUUGAAGUUUAGCUUAUGAAAUCUUAUGAAAUUUGAUUAGUGGCAAUUGUACUGGCUGGGAAAUCAGGAUAUUUAUUUUUGUUCAGAGAUGUGAGAUUUUGAUGGUAUAGAAUCCUUUUAACUUGCAGCCACUUCUUUAUGUAAAUUCAUAAAUUUCCCUUGAUACCUUGUAAAUAUUAUUUCAAAUGAUAGAUGAUUUGUUCUCCUAAUUUCCUGACAGCUACAGAGGAUUAUGUUUUGCCCA